CAAACUGCAGCUGCUAUUAAUGAGAGCCCAAAAUUCCAACAAAAAAAUAAGGGAACCAUAAUGUCGGAAAAUGAAAAUCUGGAUGUCCCCGAAACACAAUUAGAACUGGACACAGACGCUGCGCUCCAGAAUGUAGAUGAGGAGGAUGACGAAGAUGAAGUGGAGCAAAUUACUGCCCAAAAGGUGUUGGAAAUUCUCGAGACAGCGUGGACAAAUGAAUUGGGCGCACCUGAGCUGCUGCAGCAUCAGACAGAUAUGCUGGAACUUAUGUUAUCCCAGGUGGCACACAUGGAGGACCAAAUGAAAGAUCUAGACAAGAAUGAUUUUCGCAUGGUGGUGCAUCAAAUGGAGCUGGAGAGAAUACGCUACAUCAUGGCCAGCUACCUGCGCUGCCGACUGCAGAAAAUUGAGACAUACACGCAACACAUUAUUAACGAAGAUGCGCAACGCGAACCAGAAGACAAACGCCUAUCAAUUGAGGAGAGCAAAUACGCGCAAGAGUUUGUGGCUCAUGUGGAUGAGUACUUCAAUAAAGUUGCCACUCAGUAUAUGCCGAAUCAACAGCGCGGGGAGGCCGAGCAGCGCAUUGUGCUGCCGAAUCUAAUGAGCCAUGUGUUCCUAAAGGCCAACGUAGCUGUUCCCGCUGUUAUUGUUGGUGUCGAUGAUGAGGAAGUAGACUUGGCGCCCGGCUCGCAGCAUAUCAUUCCGUAUCAAAUGGUCGCAGAUUUAAUUCAUAAAAAUCAAGCUCAACUCAUAUGAUUAAUCACAUACAUAUAUAGAUUCAUGCGUAUAAAUUAAGCACAGAUAAAGAUAAUAUUCUAAAAUAAUAUAUGUUUAAACGCCACCAUUCAAAA